UAGAGAAACAGGGAGAGACUUGAGCGAAAAUAAGGAUGGGUUCAUGCAUGAAGGCUUUUGCAUUAUUUGUUUUCUUGUCAUUGGCUGGUUUAUCUCUGAGCGAGAGAGUUCAGGUAAAAGUAAGGAGUGUUACAUCUAUUGCAGAAACUGAUAAUAAUUAUAUUUGUGCGACGAUGGAUUAUGGGCCUUCUACCAUGUGCAACUAUGGGCAGUGUCCAUGGCGUAAAGUUGGCAUCCUUGAGUUGGAUUUGAAGAACAAGAUUCUUGCUAAUGCCAUCAAGGCGUUUAACCCCUUGAGGCUAAGAGUUGGAGGGUCAUUGGAAGAUCAGACGGUUUACAAAGUUGGAUUGGUCACCAAAUGUCCUCACUUCAAACACAACAUGAAUGUCAGACGUUUUGGAAUGUCCAACGGCUGCAUCAACAUGGAAAGAUGGGAUCAGCUCAACCACUUCUUCAACGAAACUGGGGCUAAAGUGACAUUCGGUCUGAAUGCUCUUCGCGGGAAGAAAUUAGAGAACAAGAACAGCACACUUUGGGUAGGUAACUGGAACAAACUAAAUGCCCAGGAGUUCAUGAAGUACACCAUCUCCAAAGGUUACAAGAUUGAUUCGUAUGAACUUGGAAAUGAGCUAUCUGCAUCUGGGGUUUUUGCAAGGGUUAAUGCUGGACAAUAUGGAAAAGACAUGAUUAUUCUUAGCAAUCUUGUCAAAAAGCUGUAUGCCAAUUUUUCCGAUCAGCCAAAAAUUAUAGGUCCUGGUGGCUUCUACGAUAAGGAAUGGUUCAAUGAAUUCCUUCGGGUUUCAGGACCAGGAAUUGUUGAUGGUUUAACCCACCAUAUCUAUAAUCUUGGUGCAGGCGAUGAUCCAAAACUUAUAAAAAGAGUUCAAGACCCCUUUUACCUGGACGAAAUAGCACAAACAUUCAAAGAUAUUUCAGAAUCAAUUAAGCGAUAUGGGCCAUGGAGUGGUGCAUGGGUUGGAGAAUCUGGGGGUGCUUACCAUAGCGGUGGCAGAAAUGUUUCUGAUACUUUUGCUGAUGGAUUUUGGUAUUUGGAUCAGCUGGGCAUGGCCUCCACUUUUGAUCAUAAAGUUUACUGCAGACAAGUUUUGAUUGGAGGAAACUAUGGUCUUCUUAAUACAACAACAUUUGCCCCUAACCCUGAUUACUAUGGCGCGCUGUUGUGGCAUCGCCUCAUGGGACCUAGAGUUCUCCAAGCCAGUCAUGAUGGAUCUCCUUAUUUGCGUUCAUACGCGCAUUGUUCCAAAGAUUCUGAAAGAGGUGACAUAACGGUGCUUCUGAUAAAUUUGUCAAACUCUACCACUUUUGUAGUGAAUACUGUGAAUGAUCUAAAUCUUUACCCAAGUGAACAUACCGAGAGCUUCCCACCAAGAGAAGAGUACCAUCUGACACCAGAAGGCGGCAACAUUCAAAGCCAAGUAGUUCUAUUGAAUGAUACACCAUUGAAGCUGACAAAGACGAUGGAGAUCCCAAAUCUAAAUCCAGCAUUGGUGUCUCCACUCGAACCUAUCAAAGUUGCACCUCAUUCUUUUGUCUUUGCAGUCCUAAGAGGUUUUGGUGCUCCUGCUUGUUCUUCGUAAGUGGUAGAACGAAACUAUAUAUUAUUAUCAAGAGCAUAGUCAGACUUUCAGCAAUUAAUUAGAGUAAUUAAGUUAUAGGUUUUGAUGAUUCUCUUUUAUAUAUAAUUAGAGAGACUUUGUGUUUUUACUUCAGUGGAUGCAAUUUUAUAAUAUUCAAAUUUGU